CAGCCUGGUUCUACGGAAUGUGUUUGCAAUCUUGUUCUUCCUCCUGUAGGUACUAGUAGUACUAUGCUUUCAACCUAAAUUGUUUCAGUUUGAACCAACCUGCUUAAAAUACAGUUUGGAACCAGGAAAGAUAGAAAUGGAAGAAAGGAAACAAAUGUCCCUGAAACCUAACCAACUGGGCAAUGCAUCGCAAAGCUUGCUAGUAGAUGAUUGGGCCAGGCCGGGACAAGAGAAUAUGGAGCUGCCGCGAAUAUAUAGGCGCUGAACGGUGCCCAUCUCAAUUUCCAGCCGAUUAAACAAGAGAAUUGGUACGUGAUCGCUGGUUGGAAAGACCUACCGUUGAUCAAUGCUUAACCAAAAUAAACAAACACGCGAGUUGCUAGGCUUCCUUGGGCCAUACCAUCAUGAUUCGCCAGAGCUCGUGUUCUCUUCUACCGGGGCAUCAAGUUGGCUCGAGCAACCUGCCAUUCUUUUGCUGGAGUGCUUGACUGUGAUGAUGAAAUGCAGAAGCAACUCGAGCUGGAAGCCGAGCUCGUCUCCCGGCGGAUUCAUAAACCACGUCCACUAGACGCUCAGAUCCGGGUAAUCCAGAGCGAUUCCUUGACCAGAACCAACAAGAGCCUGUGAAGCGUGUGAUGCUGGACCAGGACCUGUCCUGCCGGUGCGCGUUCGUUGGAGGCCGUUAGCUUAAUCGGUUAUUACUGUGUUCUACCGUACUUGCUAUGUACUCGUACGUAUGUACGCGUUGCCGAAAUUUCAAGUAAUGUACGCCAAAACGAAGUCGUACCCGUGUGUAGCCUGCCAGGGGAACUGGUCGAUAAAUGCUCGUGAACUGAGUAACAUGCCACUAGGGCCAGUAGAAGCAGCAGCAUCCGCUUGAAAAUUCUUACUGACAGACGGAUCUGGAGGAAAGACCCAAGGAUAAACCGACAAAUGCCAAGGUUCGCGGUGGUUAGGAGUUUUUGAAUUCCGGGUGAAAGCGAGCACAGGUUCACCUGUCUGUCUCACGAAUAUUUUUAAACAAAGAGCGAGCUCAUCAUGGAAAUGUUAGUACCGCUGUUAGUGAGUAAUUAUUUUAGUGGUGUCUUUUGUCCUGCUGGUGCCCACGUCCAGCCUUUCAUCUAGCCUCAAAAGACUCCACACCUGCUAAUCUGCCUUUUCCUGUGGGAGAGCUUUGGAUUAAGAAAAGAGUAAAGGCGGAAUUCUCCAACUAGGCUCCAGUAAGCGCCACCUAGUUAAUCUAUCAUUCAAGCAAUCAAGCCCAUUGAUGAGCCAACAAUCAGGCACACACCCUCACAUUCCAGCUCCUUGAGCUAACCAAAUCUUCCAUUAUAAUUCAAGAUUCCAUUGCAUUGCAUUGCCCCUGACCUGCCCCGCCCUGCUGCCCACUCUAUUUCUACUACUGCUACUAGUACUACCACCCACCAAAGAGAGAGAGAGUGUGUGUGUUUCUUCUUCUUCUCCAUGGCAGUGCUCUUCCUGAGCUAAACAGACUAUCUUGAACUACCUCCCACCACUCCCCACCGCCGGUGAUGGCGGCAAUGCGGGGGCUGCGAAGGGCGGCCCUCGCCGUCCUCGUGCUCGCCGCACUCCUCCCGGCCUACCUCUCCGACGACCUCAACACCGACACGCAGGCCCUGCAGGCGCUGCGCACAGCUGUGGGGCGGUCGGCGCUGCCGUCGUGGAACAGCAGCACGCAGACGUGCCAGUGGCUGGGCGUGGCCUGCGAGGGCGGCCGCGUCGUGGAGGUCCGCCUCCCCGGCGCCGGCCUCAUGGGCGCGCUCCCCUCGGGCGUCCUCGGCAACCUCACGGCCCUCCGUACGCUCUCCCUCCGCUACAACGCGCUCACCGGCCCCAUCCCCGACGACGUCUCCGGCAUGACCGAGCUCCGCGCGCUCUACCUCCAGCACAACGCGUUCUCCGGCGAGGUCCCCGCGUCGCUGUACACGCUCAAGAACCUGGUGCGGCUCAACAUCGGCGAGAACAAGCUCUCCGGCGAGAUCUCGCCCGACUUCAACAAGCUCAACCGGCUCGGGUCGCUCCUCCUGGAGAGCAACGAGUUCGCGGGCGAGAUCCCGAAGCUGGACCUGCCCACCCUGGAGCAGUUCAACGUGUCGUACAACAGCCUCAACGGCUCCAUCCCCGCCAAGCUCCGGAAGAUGCCCAAGGACUCGUUUUUGGGCACGUCGCUCUGCGGCGGCCCGCUCGGGCUCUGCCCCGGCGAGACCGCGGAGACGCCUGCCGGGUCCGAACCUGGCGCUGGCCCGGGCGGCGCCGCGGACGUCGGCAAGAAGAAGAAGAAGCUCUCCGGCGGCGCCAUCGCCGGCAUUGCCAUCGGCUGCGUGUUCGGCGUGCUGCUGCUGCUCGCGUUGAUUUUCUUCCUCUGCCGGAAGAAGUCCAGCGGGGCUAGGUCUGCGGCGACGGUGGAGAAGGGGCGCGGCCUGGACAUGGCCUCGCUGGACGCGGAGCCCAAGGGGCAGAACGGGUCGGCAGCCGGCAACGGGAUGAACGGUGCCGCCGCCGGAGCAGUGCCGGCAGCCGCAGCAGCGGUGGCUGCCGCGAAGUCUGGCGGCUCGACGGCCGGGUCGAAGAAGCUGAUCUACUUCGGGCCCAUGGCCGCUGCCCCGCCGUUCGACCUGGAGGACCUGCUGCGCGCGUCGGCGGAGGUGCUGGGCAAGGGCGCGUUCGGGACGGCGUACAAGGCGGUGAUGGAGAGCGGCGCGGCGGUGGCCGUGAAGCGGCUCAAGGACGUGGACCUCCCCGAGCCGGAGUUCCGGGAGCGCAUCGCGGCCAUCGGCGCCGUGCAGCACGAGCUGGUGGUGCCCCUCCGCGCCUACUACUUCAGCAAGGACGAGAAGCUGCUCGUCUACGACUACAUGUCCAUGGGCAGCCUCUCCGCGCUCCUCCACGGCAACCGGUCGUCGGGUCGGACGCCGCUGGACUGGGAGACGAGGUCGGCGAUCGCGCUGGCGGCGGCGCGCGGGGUGGCUUACAUCCACACCACCUCCCCGACGGCGUCGCACGGCAACAUCAAGUCCUCCAACGUGCUGCUCACCAAGACCUACGAGGCGCGGGUGUCGGACCACGGCCUGCCCACGCUCGUCGGGCCCUCCUUCUCGCCCACCAGGGUCUCCGGCUACCGCGCGCCCGAGGUCACCGACAUCCGCCGCGUCUCGCAGAAGGCCGACGUCUACAGCUUCGGCGUCCUCCUCCUCGAGCUGCUCACCGGCAAGGCGCCCACGCACGCCGUCGUCAACGAGGAGGGGCUCGACCUGCCGCGCUGGGUGCAGUCCGUCGUGCGCGAGGAGUGGACCGCCGAGGUGUUCGACCAGGAGCUCCUCAGGUUCCAGAACGUCGAGGAGGAGAUGGUGCAGCUGCUCCAGCUCGCCAUCGACUGCUCCGCGCAGCACCCCGACAAGCGGCCCACCAUGGCCGAGGCUGCCGCCAGGAUCGACGACAUCCGGCGCUCCGGACAGCACACCACCACAACAACAGAGAGCCCCGUCACCGGCCCUGAAAACGAAGGCGACGAGCCUUCCCUAUAAUGCAGUGACCGGAAAAAUUGCUUAGUUCUUUGCACGGAUCAUCAGAUCUCUUCCCUCCCUCCUCUC